AAGGCUCAAUCCCCAGUUUGAGUCAGAGCUAGGGACCAUGCCGUCCCAGGCUCAGGGAUAAGAACCAGCCAGCACAAUUGCCAUCCCAACCCCAUCUUCAGUCCUUCUGCCACAAAUCGGGACACCUCCCUGCUGCAAAGCACAGCUCAGAGACAAAGUGUGCUGGAAUCGAUGUCUCGAGACGUUGGUGCCCAGGAAGGCCAGUGGGGAAAACGAGGAAAGAGUGAAGGAACGAGGAGUCAUGCUCUCACAUAAUAGCAUGGUGAAGCAGAGAAAGCAGCAAGCAUCAGCGAUCAUGAGGGAGAUCCAUGGAAAUGGUGUAGAUGGCAUGAACCUCGGCAAAAAGGUCAGCGUCCCCAGAGACAUAAUGUUGGAAGAGUUAUCCCAUCUCAGUAACCGUGGGGCCAGAUUAUUUAAGAUGCGACAAAGAAGGUCUGACAAGUACACAUUCGAAAACUUCCAGUAUGAAUCCAAAAUGCAAAUGAAUCACAAUCUUGCAAUGCAGAAUGGAAAACUGGAUGGCAGCACCCUGGAGGGGGGUUCACAGCAGGCUCCAUUCACUCCUCCCAACACCCCAGACCCACGAAGCCCCCCAAAUCCAGACAGCAUUGCACCAGGGUAUUCGGGACCUCUGAAGGAAAUCCCUCCAGAAAGAUUCAACACCACAGCGAUCCCAAAGUACUAUCAGUCACCUUGGGAACAGGCCAUUAGCGGUGACCCUGAGCUUUUAGAGGCUUUAUAUCCUAAACUUUUCAUGCCCGAAGGCAAGACAGACCUGCCGGAUUACAGGAGUUUUAACAGAGUUGCUACCCCAUUUGGUGGUUUUGAAAAGGCAUCGAAAAUGGUUAAAUUUAAGGUUCCAGAUUUUGACUUACUGCUUACAACAGAUCCCAGGUUCAUGGCCUUUGCAAAUCCUCUUUCUGGCAGACGGUCCUUUAAUAGGAGCCCCAAGGGGUGGGCAUCUGAGAAUAUUCCUAUCGUGAUCACAACUGAAUCCACAGAAGAGAUCACUGCGCCAGAAUCUACAGUGCCAGAAUCAGAAGACUUAUGAAAAGCAAGUAGGAUAUCCACAACAACCUCUGAACAAAAGGCCUUCUCUUCCAUUACUCCACUUACUGGCAAACCCCCUCACACUCUUCAUUCUUAGCAGUAAUUUAAUUAGCAAUUCAGCCACUUAUCUUGUGUAGUGAUUAAUGUUAACCUUAUAUCAAAUACUAAUAAAUAAUUCCAAAUCUUGUUUUAAAAGA